AUGAAUGAAACCAAAGCCCAGAAGUGGUCCCUCACUCUAAGCAUUGUUGGCAACUGUGAGGCACUGGUAGGCGCACCGGUCGACCACUCAAUCGCACCUGUCUUUCGAGUCACGAUCUCUUCCAACGUAUCAGCGCUUAGGCUAACCGUCGCUGCGAUGAAGGCAUUGACUAUUGAUAACGACAUCCAAACUCUUUUGCAAACCAUUGCAGAGAUUGCGAGCGAUAGCAGCAAAACCAUUCUUCUGCUGUUCACCGGCUCUAAGGGGCCGUCGGGUGAGAGCUGGUGUCCCGACUGUAAUGAUACCGAACCUGUCAUUCACGAAGUCUUGAGCGCCAAAUCAGAUGAUGUCGUAUUCAUUACCAUUUACGUGGGCGACAGAGACACUUGGAAGAACCCGAACAACGCUUUCCGCACUCAUAACCAGUUGCGAGUGAAAUGUGUGCCAACUCUUAUCAAUUGGCAAAAUUCCAAUAGGUUAGAAGAGCAACAACUGGCGGACAGAGAUCUGCUGGAAAUGCUUCUCGAAGACUAAGCACAAGACACGGACAUAUGAUUUGAUAAAAGAGAGUUUAUUCUUGAU